AACCCGGUUACCAUGGAGACUAGUCAAGCAACGGCAGAACUGCUGCUGUGCAGGGUUAGGCGGCUUUGCUCCUGGGAAAAACGAACAACAAAUUCCAUCCGACCAGCUCUCCUGCCCCCCAAAACCGGAGGUACAGAGGUCGGGAUUGGACUCCUGAGAGCUUUCAGACUCUCUACUCUUCCUUGCCCAAGCAGGGUGUAGUCAGGAGCCUCUAGCUGAUUCUGGGCAUGAGGAAACGGAGAAGGGCUUCUGUGGGCCUGCUCUGCCAACUUCCUGGACUCCUGACCUGAAUCCAGGGGCCGUUGAGCUUGAAGCUGGAUGGAAAGUCAUGGAGAAAUAUGAGAAAAUCCUGACCAUUGGCCGGGGGUCAAGUGCAGAAGUCUUCCUCAUGAAGCAUGUAGGAACGAAGAAGAUGUUUGCUGUGAAAAAAGUGAGGGUGGAUUCAUCCAAGGGAAACAGGAACAUAGAGAGUGUCCUGCAAGAAGUGGCUAUCCUGGGCCAACUCAGGCACCCCCAUAUUGUCACUUGCCAUGACCACUUCAUGGACCCCCGGGAGGAGAAUGUCUUCAUCGUCCAGGACUACUGUGAGGGCGGCACAUUGGAUGACCGCAUCAAACAGAGGCAGGAAGCAGGCUACUUUCCCGAAGCCACGGUCAUGGAGUGGUUCGUGCAGUUGGUCUUGGCAGUUCAACACGUCCACUCCUCAAAAAUCCUGCACAGAGAUAUCAAGGCCUCCAAUGUGUUCCUCACCUGGCUGGGGCAGGUGAGGCUGGGGGAUUUUGGCGUCUCAAAGGUCAUGAGCGGCACCCUGGAUAUGGCGAGCACCUUCGUCGGGACUCCCAUGUAUCUGAGCCCGGAGUUGUGCCAAGAUGUGCCCUACAGCACCAAGUCAGACAUAUGGGCCCUAGGUUGUCUUCUUUUCGAGAUGUGUGCCUUAAAGCCAGCCUUCAGUGCCACGAAUCUGGUCAGCCUGUUUUACAAAAUCGUGAGAGGCCAGCGGGAAGCUGUCCCUGGGUGUUACUCGGCAACUCUGGGCUCUUUACUUAGCUCCAUCCUCCAUAAGAGCCCAGAAGGAAGACCCAGUGCCAGCCAGCUCCUCAAUGACUGUUUUGUUCAGCAUCAUCUCCGGCUCUUUCUCUGCCAACGAGAGGCCCAGCCUUAUAGAUGGCAGCAGCUGGACCAGAACCUCUGCCCAGUGGACCCUGACAGUUGCUCCGAGGCAGCGCACCUUCCAAGAGAGAAUCUGACAGCUUUGGGAGACCCCAAGAAUGAGGAAUUCGGGCCAGGGUUAGGCUCACCCGGAGCCAGGCCUGAACCCAAGGUGGCAGGAGACUCCGAAGAGCUCUCUAGCUCUGAGGACAGCUUCACAGACUACUCUGAAGAUUUUGAAAGCCAUUCUACUUCUUCAGGAGAGGAGAGUCCAGAAUGGGAGAUCUCUGAUCCAACUCCUAUUGAAGAAAUCUCUGAGGCAUUUGGUAAGCGAGGGGCAUCUGCUGUGUCCCAAGAAGCCUUCUCUGAAGCAGAUGGGAGCGAAUAUCCUGACGACUUUGAGGAGUAUGAAGAGAGUCAGCUGGAGACAAGCAGCUUUCACAGUACAAAGCAGCUACAGCCUGAAGACGGGACCUCCCAGGAGGAAUUUGAAGACUGCCAGGCCCCGCUGGCUUUCUCCGUCUCCCUGAAAUCCUUGCCGGAGAAGUAUAUUGGUGAGGUUGGUCAAGCCGUCUAGGUUGAAAUCGCAAGCCACUUCCCGCAGGGCUCCACUCUCGCUGACCUGCAGCUGCUGUUUGAACCCUGAGUUGGCCCAGGCCAUCUGGAAACCUGCUAUCCGCUUCUGAGCUUGAGUCUCGAAGCGCCUUAUUCUGGACUUCUUGCCAACAACUUUUGGAAGGAAAGAAAUCAUCUGGCCGAAGAAUGGAUCACUGGCCUAUUUUCUGUCCUGGAUUAAGCCCAAGAAGAAAACACUUCCCUGCAAAAUCAAAGUAAUGGGAUCCUGUGGCUCUGCCGCAAAGAGAAUCUACUCAGGGACCGAUCAUUAGUUCCUUUCCUCAGAAUCUCAUUUUUCUGUGCCCACAGGUGGAGCCUUCCACUCAGACUGCAGGGUAGAAAGCUCCAAGACCUGUCAAGGAGUUUAAUUUGUCCUCCCUGGGCCCUGGGUCUCAACUUUUCUCCCAUUGGGCAACUGGAGCCCGUCAAUUGACUUCUCUCCCUGCCCAACUCUGGGGAACAUCAGGGGCUCUGUGUGUCCCCUGGGGAGUUAGGGUGAGGGGUAGAGUUAGUCAAGGAGCUUAACUUGUCCCCACUGGACCCUGAGCCUAUUCUUUCCUCUCACUGGGAGAACGGAGCCCAACAAGUGAUUUCUCUCCCUGCCAGACUCUGGGGCCUUUCAGGGGGUCUUUAUUCCUCUCAAACACAUCCCCUCAGGGAGUUAGGGUUAGGGGUAGGGAUAUUCGAGGAGAUUAACUUGUCCCUCUCCUACUUAAGGUUAGUUGAAGAGCUUAACUUGUCUGCACUAGGCCCUGGGCCUCAUUGUUUUUCCCACUGGGUGACCAGAGCCCAUAAAGUGACUUGUCUCCCUGCCAGACUCUGGGGCCCAUCAGGGGUUCUCUAUGCCCCUCCUCUCCGCUGAUCUCCCAUCCUUUGGGAACUACGGCAGGGACUUCUUCCUCAUUAGCCACAUCCACUCCGAGCCCCUACCGGACAACCCAAGCUCCCCCUCCCCGUGCUCAUAGAUGAAGUAGGUGCCUGUGGUGGUCAAGCCCUCCAGCCUUUUGGUCCAUCAACCCCCACAGCAGGCCCCAGGCUACUAUUAAUUGAUGGAUCGACUGGAUGGAACAGGCUACGGGAGAGACAGGAGAGACACACGAGGGCCCUGUCGCCUCCAGCAGAGCCCGAUUAAUUGUGGCAUCGUGAGGAUGGAGCACCUCAAAAUAUAAAAGUCGCAUGAGGAUUAGCUAGUACUGAGAAUUUAGAAAAAGCAAUAACCUAAUAUUAAAAAGCUAGGGGAGGGGAUGGUCACCAAGAGUGGCCCUUUCACUUAUGAAUUUUAGCCUACUUGAGUAAGAAUCCUAAUUUGUAAAUGCUUGCUUUUUCAUGUCAUUUAUCUAUCAUUUUGUAUCUUCCUGAUGAGGAUCUACCUUCAUUUGGAUUUGUGUUGUUUGAGUUUCUACUGUUUCAAUAAAUUGUAACCUCCUUGAGGGAAGAGCCGAA